CCCUUCUUCAUUUAUCGACAAGAUAUUUCGAAAAUUUUUUUCUGGCUACAUAUCAUCUCGAUCAUUCCUACCAUUUCUUGAUAAUGAAGCUCAAUUCUUACAAAUGCGUAUUGCAUUAUCUCGACAACCAAGUCGACAACAAUCUCAAGUCGAAAUGAGAAUUAAAACACUUACGACCGAUAAUGAACAUUUAAUUGAAGAAUUGGAUAAAAAACAUGAAUUUACCAUUCAAGAAAAAAAGAAACCAAACGAAUUUCAAAAUAAACUUAUAAUUCGUUAUACACAUGAGAAACGAUUCAAGACACGGAAACGCGUCAUGCAUCGCAUCUUUCAAGGUACAUUCGCAAAUACUUCAAUAAUCGAAACGAAACUGAUCGUUGGGAACAGAAAUCAGAAAAGCACACUGAAAGAACUGAUUCGAAAACGUCCAAGACAGGCAAUAUUAAAAAACAAAGCUAAAGCAAAUGCUAACCGCAAAAAGAAUAGACAUCAUCAACCAGACCUGGAAAAUCAAAAAAAAUGA